UGGAGGUACUCUUGACGGACAUAGAGAAGGAGUGGAAGGAGAGCGAAGACUUACUUCGGUCAGGGCCAAAACCCCCGGAGCAGGCGAAAGAUGGUGAUUGGGGCUUAGAUGGCAUGAAGUAGAACUAUAUGCGUCCCUUAUCCGAAUAGCAAUCUUUACUCAUGGGGUGAUUUUCUAUUCCAACCAAACCAAUCAAGAGCAAACGCACACUCACGCCCCUUGUCGUCGACCAAGAAAGUAGUGUAGAAACAACGACAAGGUCACGAGAAGUUAUCUAACAUGACCCCACCUACUCAACCCUCUGCCGCUCCCGACGAUGAUCCCUGGGAUCAACCUCAUAAUCAACCCCAAGAUUCCACCCAGGAUUCCACUCCUUCAUCCCCUGAACUCGAGGAGCCCGCGCCUAUCGCACUCCAAUUUCAACGCGGCGUUGAUCGCGUCGAAGCCGAAAAGAAAACCCUUGAGACGCGUAUCACCAUGCUAUUAGGGACGCAAUGUACCACCGAAGAUAUUCGUGCUCUUGUGAGAUAUUCGCAGGAAUUGGAACGAACUUCCAAACAAUUGGCGGAUUGGCCGGUUAACAGCUCGUUGAAGGCAGUGAAAAAAGAUGUAAGAAGGAUUGGAAGGGGUCUAACAAAGAUAGAGGAGAAGUGGGGGAGGUGGUGGUGAGGCUGGCGGUUGAUAAGCAGUUUACCGUUGCGGUCUCUGGAGUGAUGGGUAGUGACGGGUAGAACCUAGUGACUUGGAUAUAGAAGCUCCUAGACCCCC